AGUGAACCUUCGGGCGAGCAACCAUAUUUCUUUUAUUUAGACUUUAAUUCCAAUACAUAGACAAAAAUGUCUGAAAGCGGAGCUGCCUGGCCCGUCGCCGACGAGUCCCUCUCGCAGGAGAUUCUGGACCUGGUUCAGCAGGCCAGCCACUACCGUCAGUUGAAGAAGGGUGCCAACGAGGCCACCAAGACUCUCAACCGUGGUAUCUCGGAAGUCAUCAUCAUGGCCGCUGACACCUCUCCCUUGGCCAUCCUGCUCCACUUGCCUCUGCUCUGCGAGGACAAGAACGUUCCCUACGUCUACGUCCCCAGCAAGGUUGCUCUCGGCCGUGCCUGCGGUGUCAGCCGUGCCGUCAUCGCUGUCAGCAUCACCACCAACGAGGCUAGCGACCUGACCAACCAGAUCCGCACCCUCAAGAACAAGGUCGAGCGUCUCAUGAUCUGAGGUGCUGGAAUACGCUCUUAGAUAAUGCAUGGGGUAUGGUCUACCUGCGGUCAAUUGUAUCAAAGGGAUUGCCGUUUUCUAUGUCAAAAGGAUAAGGAACAACGGUCCUUGAUACAAUAAAGUAUGUCCCUCGGCCCGACUUGGAUCUGCUUGUAUGUAGAAACAUAAUGGACAUAUAGAUUUGAACAUGCUUUUACCAUGUGCUUUUGAGCCGUGCAUAUUGUACCUGUUGAACAGCGAAGGGUUAUUGUGAGGCGUGAAUGAUCCAGCAGUCAUGGCAAGUAAUCAGAUAGUAAGGUGAGGCUAAGAAUAUUAUAUUGUACUGGUAUCUACAGUCAUAUAUAUACUCGAGCACUGGCUCUAUUGAUACAAAAAUAAUGCUCCU